UUCAUGGUUGCAUACUUGACCUCAAACAUUACCACCAGUAUUUAUACAAGGAAGACAUGAAGAUAAGAUUGAUUUGAUGAGAUCUGUGACAGUAAAUGGUCUAUGUGAAGGAACCAGUCUGAUCCUGAAUCACUUUUCCUUUGGAAUAGAGAUGCGAGUGAGUGUGAGUCUGUAACUGGGUUACGUGUGUGUGUGUGUGUGUGUGUGUGUGUGUGUGUGUCAGUAUCUCUGUUUAUGUGUGAGUGUGUGCACGUGUGCGUGCUUGCCGGCACGUGGGAGAUCAGUGUCAAUUUUCAACAAGGAUAUAUUUAGGGCAAGUAUGGGAAGGGGGCAGUGACCCUUCCCUGCUCCAAACACACUCCUCUGCUUCACUCUUCUCUCGUGCUCCCCGCUGCUUCGGAGCUCUGAUCCCGUUUACCUCCUGGUUAAUCGUGCUGACGUCACUGGCGGACUGACUGUCCGUCAGUCCGCGUCACCGCUGUCUUACCGUUUGGUGUUGCUCUCAUCAUGGAAGAUCUAGUUACAGAUGGGAGCAUGGGGUGACGGACAGACAGGCAGACGCUCAGUGCUGUUCAGUAAACAGAGAGACUAAAAUCAACUAUUGUCACCAGAGAGAGAGAGAGAGAGAGAGAGAGAGAGCGAGAGAGAGAGAGAGAGGCGUGCACCAUGUGUCAAGCGGAGGUCAGUCCGGGUCUCAACAGCCCCGACCCGCUGGUGAGGGAGGGCUACGUCAUGGCCCACGACUACAUCGCCUACGUCACGGCGGGCGGCCUGGACGGCGGGCGCGCUGUGGGUCGGCCCCUGUCCCGGUGCGCCGCGGCGCUGCGCCACGCCGCCGACGAGCUCCUGCUGCGCUUCCCCAUCUUCUUCCGCCGCUGGCCGCGCGUCUUCCGGAACGUGAGCGAGACGACGGCGUGGCCGCUGCUCAUGUCCAUGCUGGACCAGCACUUCUUCCCCGGCGUGUCCCCCGGCGCGGGGGGCCGGCGGCGGGAGUUGGCGUGGAGCGCCGUGCUGUCCGUGUACGUGCUGGCGGGCCAGAUGGCGCUGCACUGCCAGGAGCAGGGCAUGCAGGGGGUCCUGCCACAGCUCAAGGAGUCGGUGGGCGCCUACGUGGAGAGGGUGGUGUGCCCCGAGAUCCGCGACAAGGGGGGAUGGAGCGGCUUCGUGACACGCUUCGGACCCAAGACCAACCUGGAGAGUCAGGUGCAGAGCGCGUGCUGCUGGGCUCUGCUGCUGCUUGCCACCAGCAUCCUCUCCUACGUUUUCUGGAAGCGGAUAACUUGACCAACACUGCCACCCUCUGGACACAAUGGGAAUCUCCGUCUGUUUCAUUAUUCAACUUUACCACAUUCAUGUUACAAACUCUGGGAAUUGUGCUCAUGCUUUGAGUGUUAAGUCUCAAGUAAAAUGGCAGGAAACCUCCACUAAACUGCAUUACUCAGGUCUGUUCAAGGACAUGGUUUGGAUGCACAUGGCCUAUUUUGUUACAUCACCUGCCGUUUUCAGUCAGGACUCAACCGUUAAGAAUUAGGAAUGCGUUCAGCUGUAGUUAUUAGCUCAGGUUUACUAGUCAGGCGACUUAUGCAACCAGAAAGAUAUGCUGCCGGUCAAAUGUUGCUUUAAGUCAUGUGAUGCAAAUCUAGCACUGACUGGAUUUACGGAACUAAUCUAGGGAAUUGUUCGACCAUGCCUAGCACAUGAUUUUGCAGACCAAUCCAUAAGCUAGCACACCACACUUUAUAUACAGUGUAGGUAAUGACUGCGUCAUGUUUUUGACCGCAGGCUGAGUAUAGAAGGUAAACCAAGACCGUCUGUAAAAGAAUGUUUUUUAUUAACAUGUAGUUUCUGUACAAACAGGACGACAAGGGACAGAAAAAAAAAACUAACAAGAACACUGGAAAGACCGACUUGAGUAGGUCAGGAAAUUAUACAUCUUAGAACGAGAAAACAAAGUUACACAGACACUUCU